UGUCAGAAACAUAUCGUAUCGAUACCCCCACUUUGUCGAGUUAGCGCAUUUGAAUCAUAUUCGUUUAAAUAUGUUUUCUUUUUCUUAUUCAUGCUUCACUUGGCUACAAAUCUAGCUGUUAUGAAAAGUAACCUAAAUUUUUUCAGUAUUUCAGAAAUUUGUACUAUUUAUCUUACUAGACGUGAACAAUAUAGCAGUUGUAAAUGAGUAUUGAUGAUUUAAUUGUGUGGGAAUGAUGAGUGAGUUGAAAGUUGUAGAGCGUCCUCACAAACCAUGCGAAACAGAAAAACUAGUUAUUUGUCCGAAACCCAGUUUGAAUUUCUACAGAUCAAGAUCUUAUAUCGCAUCAUAUAAUGAGGUUGUGGUAAAUAGUUUACCUACUUCAGGAACUCAUUCAAAUCUUUCGUGUAGUCUACGACGUAGUUUUGCUCAAAAAGCUAAACACACUGGAUGUGGAAGAACUGCCGCUAGCGAUGACAAUGAUAAGAAAAAAGAUGAAGUUUCAGAGGAACAAUGUAUGAGUCAAAAGAGUGAUAAAAGAGAUAAAAAGAGUUCAGAAAAAACAAUCAAGUUUACUAUUAAUUUGAACGAGUUGAUUCAUAAUUUUAACAGGAAAACUAAUUUGAUGAAAGCACAAGGUAUAAACAAAAUAAAUACUUUCUCUCUCAAGCCAAUAAAAUGUAGAUGCUGUACCAGUAGGAACAAAAAUCAAAUGUAUAAAUUUGGACAAAGGAGAUUUAUUUCAAUCAGUUCGAAAGGAAGAAUGCAAUUACCUAAAUAUCCAGUUAAUAAAAUUCGUAAAUGCCUGUCAUAUAAACCUCAAAGUGGUGGAGCUUUAUCAUACAAGAUAAGAGAUGCAUCUAGUAGUAUGUACUGGAAAGAUAAGGUUCUGAAAGUCCCGCUCUUUCAUAUUAUAAAAGAUAAAAUUCAUUCCAGUCCACCAGUAGUUCAAGAACUUGAUAAACAACUCAGAUACUACAUUGGUACGGGAGAAGCCUCAUUCGGAAAAACAAAACAAUCGUCAAACCCCCAUUUAAAUAGUGAUUCUAACAAUAUUCAUAAAUCUCAAGCUUUGAAGAGCAUUUGUAAGAAUAAACCAUGUGCUCAAAUACCAGAUAUAACUGGAAAAACAUCUGAAUACACAAUGAGUUUUGAUAAUUUCAAAAAGAGUCACAUAUUGCAGAUGUUAACAGAAAUUCUGAUUCCAUUAAUAGAAAAGGAAAGUAUGCAGUACGAAGAAAUGCGAAAAGCUUUCGUCCAACUUAAAAAAGAAUUGGAGCUAUAUUUUAUGCAAGUUGAGGAGUUGGGAGUUCGAUCAGAAAAUGAGGUUUUCAAAAUCAUAGCUGACAUGAAUCAAACUAAAAGACGUCAAAAAGAAUUAGAGACAGCCUCAUUAUUGGUGAAAGAAUUUCUUAGGAAGUCUAAAACUAUUGAUAAUUAUUCUAAUGAAGACAAAUGUUGUGUAUAUGGAAGCUAUUCAGAUAAUACAUCCAAUAACCAACAUGAAAAUGAAAAUAGUCAACUAGAUGAAUUUCCUAUGGCGAUUUUGGUUAAAGAUCGAAAACAGCCACCGGAACACCAAAAUGCUCAUUCCUAUCUAGGCUUAGGAAACUCUACAAAGAAUUCUCUAAAAGAAAAAGAAAAUAAAUAUAUUGCAACAAGAACUUUUGCGAGCGAUUCUAAAAGCACAAAAUAUGAAAGUGAUUUAGGAAUGGAAAGUUCAUUGAAUUCAAGUAUAGAUCAAGAAAGUGAUGCAGGCUGUUUUCAAUACUUUCAAAGUAAAUCUAUUCCCCGCGAAAUAACGCAGAAGCAAAAAGAACAAUUUGCAAUACCAUCUGAAUUUAGAGAAGCAAAUGCUGUUCGAAUGAAAUCUCCUUAUUCUAUAUUACCUAGACAAACUGCAAGUAAAGAUGAUCUUUCCGUUAAAUCCGCAACAGCCGGUUUUGCAAUUUAUGAUACUAGUAACGUUAUGCCUUCUUCACACAGCUCUUAUAAAUCAGACCCCAAAAACAAGAUUGGGCAGCUCAAGCCAACAUUGCAAGAAAGUCGUAGAGUUAUGCCUUCAUCUCAUAGCUCAUAUACAUCAGUACAAGCUGAGCAAAUCAAACCAACAUCGCUAGCACCUAUUAGCAAAGCUGGUAUGGAAAAUCUCAAAAGAUUAGAGAAGCUUGAACAAUUGAAAGAAGCCGAAGUACGGUUACCAUUUCAGGACGACAGUUCUCAAAAAAAUAUUGAUAUAAUAAAGCCAAAUGAACUCAUAGGAAAGCAAUUUUCGCAUUCCAAUAAUAUGCCAACUCAGUUUCCAUUGAAAACAGCUAAAACAAAGGAUAAUGUUAAGCCUAAGUCGAUUGUCAAUAAAAUAAUUCCAAAGCAUAUAAGCAAAAAUCAAUCUACACCCACUUUAAACACUGCUCCAACAGUAAAUAAGAAGAGUGUUGAAAACUUGACUUUCGAAAAAAGGUUACCCUUAAGCGUCUUAGAUAAUUGUCGCGGACUAUUGGAAACUCUUCUUAGAAAAUUUAAAGGUCCGCCAAAAAGGAAUCUUGGAUCUUCAUUUCUAUCAAGAAAGUCUCACUCAGCUCCAGCACUCAUGAUAGUGGAUAAUUAUCAAAAGAAUGAUGAAAGUCGUAUCAAAAUGAUUAAACCAGCAGUUACGGUACAAUUGAAACAGAAGUAUCCUUGGAACCGACUAGGAUUGAACAAAAAAAUGUCACGAAAAUUUAGAAGUGGAGCUAGAAGAGUGUAUUCGACGGAAGCCAGAAUAUACUCAUUUAGCAAAAAAGGUCUGACCGAUUAUUCUAUUUAUUGUCAUAAGAGGAAAGAGUGAUACAUUUUUAUUUGUUUUUGUGUGUGAACUUUUUUGUUUAUAUUGUUAUUAGAAAACUGUAGAAAUCUCUCUUUGAACUAGGCUGUUUUAUUGUGGAAUGGAAUAAAUCAUUCGUGAAUAAUAAACCUCCCUUAUGAAUUUAAUUCACUUGCGUAAAUUUAGUAUUUGAAACAAUUAGCGUUAAAUUCAUAGAAGAAUUUGUUUACGAAUUGAUAAAGUGAAAAGAAAGGACACCAGUAUUUUAUUUUUAUAUACUACUGUAUAUAAAAACACAUAAAACGGUUUUAUUAUGUAUUUUUUAAUUUAUAUAAAGGCAGUUUGUAGUACCCUUAAAUCGAUACUUUUAAGUUUUAACUAGAAUACGGACUUUCAGCAAAUUGUGUAUAUUUUAAUUUACCAAAUUAUAACUAAUCAGUUUUUAAUGAUUUUCCCCCAUGAAUAUUCAACUUCAUACUUCAUCCUCGCAGGUAGAAUAUGAUGAGGCGACUAGAAUGUGUCAAUUCCUCUUUUCAAUUAUUAUACAGAUUUGUGAUUUGUGAAAUUGACCAUAAAUUUUAAUUGGCUG